AUGGAUCCUUCGAACGCAACAGCACUUAGGAAAGGCAACUGCCCAUACACCGAAACCGGUCCUUCGAUGACAUUCUCCGAUGUUAUAGAUAGAACUCCAGGUGCAAUUGGCGAAGAACUCCUCGUGGUCAGAUCACAGCCUGAGGCAGAUAAAGAAGUUAUAUCUAGUGAGUGGUAUUGGUCGUAUGGCAAGUUUACAUGUGAAAUUCCAGAACAGCCUCCAGGUGAAGUUGGACUAACUAUGCCGGCCCAAUUAGGGAUUUUGUCGCUGCAUAUGCACUGGCUGGUUAUAACCUAG